UUUUUUGUUCCCGGGGGAACACUAAAAAUGUAACACUCGCUGAAGUUGCAGGAGCUCUUUACUCACUGGGGAAAGCAAAACCAUGGUAAAUGGAGCUCCAGGAGAAGAUACCUGUGCCGAUAUUUACAGAAGUGGACAGGGACGUUUUUCUGCGAGAAAUUUGUCCACAGCGCAGACCAGCCGUGCUGAGGGGCGUGCCUCUCGGACCAUGCCUGGAGAAGUGGACAGUUGAAUAUCUUGGGCAGAAAGGCAGAGACAAGCCGGUGAAGAUUCACGUAUCCACAGUACCACAGAUGGACUUCCUUCGCAAAAACUUUGUGUACAAGACUCUGCCAUUCAAUGAAUUUGUGAAAAGGGCAUCUGAGAAAAAACACUCAGACUUCUUUCUGUGUGAGGAUGAGAGCUAUUACCUUCGAUCACUGGGAGAGGAUGUCCGAAAGGAACCAGCAGAUCUGAGCAAACAGUUCCCAGACUUGGCAGAGGAUUUUCACAUCCCACACUUCUUUGAACCUGAUCAGUUUUUCUCCAGCGUCUUCCGUAUCAGCUCCUGCGGUUUGCAGUUGUGGACACACUAUGAUGUGAUGGAUAACCUGCUGGCUCAGGUGACAGGCAUGAAGAGAGUGGUCCUCUACAGCCCCCAGGAUGCAUUGCACCUCUACCUGUCUGGAGAUAAAUCAGAGGUUCUGGACAUUGAUGCCCCAGAUCUGAAACGGUUUCCUGAGUUUGUGAAGGCAAAGCGGUAUGAGUGUGUGCUGGAGCCCGGAGAUCUGCUGUUUAUCCCUGCCCUGUGGUUCCAUAACACCACUGCACUGCAGUUUGGUGUGGGUGUUAAUGUGUUCUGGCGCCAUCUACCUGCUGACAGCUACGACAAAAAGGACCCGUACGGUAAUAAAGACCCAGUGGCUGCAACUCGGGCGCUUCAGGCGCUGGAGAGGGCGCUACGCGCUCUGGAUGAACUACCAGCAGACUAUCAGGACUUUUACGGGCGCCGUAUGAUCCAGCGCAUCCAGAAGCAGACGUACUGUGACGGUCUCUCAGCCACAAGUGCGCAGGAGGACUCUGAUAGUACAUUAACCAGCAGACAAUUCACCAAACCUGGAUGAGUCUGUAGAGAAAUAUAGAAUAACCAAUAAAAUAUCUAUGAAGUGGGUGA